AUGGACAAGCCGCGCAGGUGGACGGACUACGUGCCGCUGGGCCGGCGCCUGCCUGGCACCCGCUUCAUCGCCUUCAAGGUGCCGCUCCGGAAAGGCUUCAACCGGAACCUGCAUCCCGAAGAGAGGUUCUCGCCUCGGGAUCUGCUCAAGAAGAUCCAGGAGGAGCUGGGGCUCAUCAUCGACCUGGCCUACACGGCCCGUUACUACGGCCCGGAGGAGCUCCCGGCCACGCUGCACUACUCCAAGAUCUUGACCGUGGGCCACGAAAUCCCAAACAGCCAAACUAUUUACCAGUUCAAGUGCGUUGUAAAGGACUUCCUGAGGGACAACAAAGAUAAUGAUAAACUUAUUGGAGUGCAUUGCACGCAUGGCCUGAACAGAACCGGCUACCUGGUUUGCAGGUACCUCAUCGAUGUCGAUGGUAUGGAGCCAAAUGCUGCCAUAGAGUUGUUCAACAGAGCUCGAGGGCACCCUAUAGAGAGAAUGAACUAUAUUGAAGAUCUGCAAAAGAGAUCUGUGCAAAAGUAAGUCCUGCUGCUG